AUGGAGUUUGAGGGCGCUUUCCAAACCAAGUCUGAACGCGAGUGGAUAGAAGUCGAGAACCUCGGCAGUAUGAACGGCGGCCUCAACGGCGGGAUUGUAAAGGUGCGCCGUGCUGACGACUCUAACCGCAAAAUCUAUAUCGAAAAACGGUUCCAAGCGGAGCACAUCAAUAUGGGCGUAGCCAAGAAGGAGAUAGCCCUGUUAUUACUGGUCAGCGAACACAAGUACAUUGUAACACUUCACGAUUAUUUCCUUGAUAGCAGGCGAAACAAAGCAAGUCUAUACCUUGAGUACUGCGAUCAGGGAAGUCUGGACUACUAUAUUAAGGCAACAAAGGGUGUGAACUACGUCGCCGAGGACCAAGUGUGGCAAUGGUUCCUACAUAUCAUGAAAGCACUGUACUAUUGCCAGUAUGGUCCGUAUCCAGAAAAUCCAAGCGCGAGGAGCAAGUGGGAGCGCGUGUGGCACCGCGAUAUCAAGCCCGCGAACAUCCUACUUACACGCGAUUCCGCGGAUGAGGGCACAAUCAUCGCGAAGCUCGCGGAUUUUGGUCUGGCCUCUUCCAAAAGCUGGAACUACGAUGCUUUCAAGAGAGGCGAAGAAGUGUGGACUGCGUCUGCUGGAACGCGAGGUUUUGAUCCGCCGGAGUUCCCAGGUAGGUUUACGGGGCGGAGCGAUCUGUGGCAGCUCGCGUUGUGUAUAGUUUGUCUUUGUACGCUCAUACAACGUCCGCGAAGUGAACGCGCUCCCGAUGGGUAUCCGUGGAGCAAAGAGCAGCCAGCAGGCCAUCGGUACUCACGAGAGCUGAAUGAGGUGCUCAAGUUUUGCUUGGUCGAGGACAUGGAGCAGCGACCUCAGGUGGAAGUGGCGUUGAAGCGGUUAGAACAAGGCUAUGAGCAAUUCAAAAGCACGGUACGCUCAACCAACCCGCAAUUAGCGCCGUCCUCAGGAUCGGGAUACCCUGUGCAUCGACCAGGCCUUGGAGAGCAGGCUUUUUCGGAUUCGGUAGUUCCACAGACAGGCGACAUGGGCAAUCGAUAUCUGGAACAAAUGCGCGACCAGCGAGUCCCGCAAUCUCUGUAUGGAUAUCCUCUUCAACAACCUUAUCGUCCAUUCGGACAUCCUCACACAUCUCGUCAUCCUUUUUCACAGCCACACACAUUCUCUCCAAAUGAGUUCCCACAGCCUCCAGGCCACUCUUGGGAAGAAAACGAUGAUGACAAUGGAGAUAGACGUAUGAGACCAGAAUAUCCUGCAGGAAUGCGCCCCAGCCCACGGAUGGACCCUAGAUACCCUUACCAUUUCUACCCGAAAUAUAGAUAG